AUGUCAGGGGUCCAAGUCGAUGCUAAAAUCAACGGUUUGUUUAAUGACAUGAAGAUGAGAAGCAAACACAAGUUUGCAUUCUUCAAAAUUGAAGGAAAGAAGAAAAUUGUUUCUGACGUGUGUGGUGAUCCAUGCAAAACAGAAACAAAAGAAGAAGAUGAAGCACAGUUUAAUAGAAUGAAGGAGCAACUCAGCAAUGAACCACGAUAUAUCUUGUAUGAUUUUGGAUUUAUGAAGAAGGAUGGCAGGAAAGUUAAUAAGUUGGCAUUCAUCUUUUGGUGAGUGAGGCUGUCUUUGUAUUUUUAUUAACUGGUGACCGGGCAUAAAAUUUUCCUUUAGUUUCAAGACAUUUUAGGCUGGAUUUUAGUGCAUGUAGCGCGACAGAGUCAAAGUUGUAAGAACAUUUUAUUUCAUUAACCUGGUGAAAAUCAAAGACUUGAUUUGAGUCGUAUAGUAAGCGGAGUUAUAAGUACAACAGAAUCGAUAGCCUGCGUGUCAGGCGUUUGAAAAGAAAUGGGAAGGGGAUUCCGGGCGCUCGAGAAGCGCGAAAGGCGCGCGAGUGGAGUAUAUGGUCUUUUUCGUUUUUCACAUCUACCAGAGAGAUGUAAAAGUAAUGAUUUAGUACCUUAAUUGAUGAUACCUUAUUUUGAUUGGUUGAAGUCAACAUCACGCUAUUUGGGACUUCUUACUGGUGAUAAAACCGCUCUAAGCUUACUUUUAUCGCGGCCUUCUUAAAGAUCGUUAAACUCGUUUCAUAAACUCGGCACGCGUCGUUGCAAAUUUCCUACUUCAGUUUAGCUACAAACAGCAUCAAACCCGAGCCACUUUGGUGGAAGAUGAGUGCUCUCUCCACGGCGCCUUCCUUGUUCCCUGAAUUGAUGUAUGAUUAAUCAAAGUGCAAUCAUCAAGAGAUUAUUAAAUAAAAAAAAGUAGCCAGUUCCAUGCUCUCAGAUAGUACGGAUGACGCGUAAAUGUAAGGCACGCGAAAAUAUAAACGCGCGAUCUGGGAAAAAUGGGCGGCCCCGCCCUUCCUCUCCCAAGUCUCCUCCCGUCAGUUUAUUUUUUUGUUUGCGCUUUCUCCAUUUCGCUGACCCGACUAUCUCGGAGCCUUGAACGGGCUGACAAAAACGGUCUUUAGGUUUAGUUUGCGUGAUAAAGUACACCUUUAUUGCCUGGUUCUCAUUUCUACUUAGAGACUGUUCACAUGAGGUGAACCAGCUUGGUUAGCAAGACUGGCCUGCUUUACCGGGCUGGUUCAGCUCGUACCUUGUUUUGUUUUGUUCCUUCGAGGAACCAAGAUCUCGACAAGCGGGGCCGAGUCAGCCCGGUUAACUGAGCUGGCUCAUCUCAUCUCCCUCUUUUGUUUCAGGUGUGACGAAAAUGCAAAGAUUGGAGACAAAAUGAUAUACGCAUCUUCAAAAGACACCAUCAAAAAGUGCUUCACUGGUUUAUCACUGGAAUUCCAAGCAAACGAUGGGGGUGACUUGGAUUACACAACUUUAAGAGAGGAAGUGGAAACUAGAAACGCUUAG